UGAAAAGCACAAACAAAGUCAGGUGAACAACCGACGCAUCAGAGAAACAGGCAAUGUCAAGGACGAAGCACCAUGGGAUACGUGCAGACCAAUUGGGCAGGGGCAAGCCCGGUCCAAAACAAUCAGGGACAGGUGCGGACUUGAUGUGGACGAGAACUAA